AACGCAAAGUCAGUGCAAAUAUAUAGCAGAAUAUAUAGAGAAGAGACUGUUAUUGAGGACUAAAUCAAUAAAUUUGAGGUUUGGCUUAACAUAGCGUCACAUCUCCUCUCGUCUAACAGUCUUUCGUUAUAAAUAUUUUGCUAUUAUUUUAAUAAAUAGUCGUUUGCUUUGCUUUUUAAUUGUAAUCCCAAUCAAAGUCUCAACCAUUUGUUUGGACGCAAAACAAUGUCCACUAAUAAGUCGAAAAUCGCCGUUAAUUGUCAAACACCUGAUCCCAAGAAUAAGACCAAUUAUGUGACACCCAAUACGAGCACAUGUGAGUCCCCGUCGCCCACACGACCCGACAAAAGAAUACCUCCAAUCAAAGCACAGGUUGGUUUAGCCCGCGGACCGAACCUCACGAAUGUCAGGUCUAAGAUUGGAUCGCUUGAUAACAUUAAACACAGACCGACCGGCGGAGAGAAGAAAAUGGAGACCCAGAAGUUGACGUGGAAUGCAAAGCCUCGCAUUGGAUCCCUUGAAAACGCUAAACACAAACCUCAUGGCGGCGAAGUGAAAGUCGUGACCAAGAAGUUGGAGUGGAAGGUCACCUCAAAGAUCGGGUCGUUGGACAAUGUGAAGCACGUGCCCGGCGGAGGACAGGUGAAGAUCUUCGACGAGCGCUAUGUGCCGAGUCCUUCGUCGACACCCACUCCCGGCUCAAUGACUCCGACGCCGACACCCGAUGGCAAAGAGAACGGCGAGACUCUCAAGACGCUGACCGGCGCCCGAAUGUCGGCCGAAAAGCUCGGCAACCGUUCGGUCGCCUCUCCAUCCUCUGGCAGCGACUCAAUGACGUCGACACCAAUCAGUUCCGCGUCUUCGAUGAGAACCGGUGCUUAAGAAUUGGUGUCUUAUAUAUGACAACAAAUUUGUUAAUUCUAUUCAUUUAUCAGAAUUAUAUCACAUAUUCAUUCAAUUACUUUACUUUUCUAAUUAUAUAAUCAAAAAACAAAUCUCAUAAACAUAUAGUUUUCAUAAGAUUUACAAAACAACUAAAAAAUUAAUAUUACUAUUUGAAGAACAAAUGGGACGAUACGUGCGAAUGAAUGGAUUUCUUAAUUACUAGUAACAAAAAAUUUUGUCACAAUUUUAAUACGGAUUUCAAAUUACAAAUUGUUAACUAAAAUAAGAUGUGAAAUACCAGUGAUAAGUGAGUGAACCGAUCGUUUGGUCAAUUGAUGCACUUUUUGUUGAUCCCACACUCAAACACCGUAUUAACCGUACAAUUGAUUAUUGGUUUGAAUAUAUAAUUGUAAAUUUAAUUCUAGUUUAUUGAACAUAUUCUGUAUUUGAUUCAUAUUCUGUAUACCAUUCCACUACACUAUACAGUGAAAUAUGUUAUUUUUAAUUACUUAUUCUUUACCAAUCGUUUCAUUUAGACCUCCAAACAAACAAAUAUUAUUAUUUGUAUUAAUUAUAAAUAAUUUUGUGC